AUGCCGAAAGACAAUGAAUCGGUGGUGGAUCUCAUCAAGGCGGAGCACUUGGUCCAAUCAGAAGGCCCCAGGAGACAGGUCGGCUCCAUUUGGAGCGCUAAUGCCAUCGUCACCCAGACGCCUACGGUGCUUUCGUGUUUUUCGUGGGCUUCCGAAAAGAAGGAAACGGGCGAGAAGGAGGUCAAAAUCCCCUGAGAAGAGGUGACGAUUGUUGGAAUUCAUUUUCAGGCUGUACAACGCACCAACAAGACAAGAAGCCGCAUUGGGACUGCCGCCAAAUGGAUUCGCUCCCGUCGGCAGAUGGGGCCAAGGCUUUGGCAAAAGUUUUUUUUUUCAAGAGGUGUCGCGAAGGGAUUUAUACCAGAUUUUUCCUCUCUCAAUAUUGAAAUAUCCAUGUUGGAUGAGUGUGAUUCUCUAGAUAGAGACCGCCAUUAUCACAAUUGAAACUCCUAACUAAAACUCACUGGAGCUCACUUUUUUUCAACUAGUUACUAGUUACUCUUUAACUCAACUACUACAAAAAGACGGAAUUCUAACAUAGGCAGAAAUAAAAAAGAGAUCAACGACGAGAUGAUUAUCUUUAAGAAAAUAACGGAUGGAAAGACAAACUCCGGUGGCCAAGACGGAAAAAAAGGCGGCAGGGCAAGAUUUUCGGGCGCGUUGUCGUUGAACAACCAUUAAUUACGUGCGGAGCCCAUCACUGUCAACUCAGAGGGGUACGCGCACUUUUGCUCCUCGACGAGCUGCUUUCCAGAUUUUGAUUCAGGUGAUUAAACCAAAGUUCUUGCAUACUUUCAAAGAAUCAGACUUGCUAAAAAAGUAUAAAAACCGUUUUUUUUUUUGACCAAACAUUUUCAGAUAGCCUAAAAACAAAUAAAAAGAAAUUUGAAAAAUACACCCGUCAACCGAACUAUUUUCUGGAAACAUGGGAUCAAAAAUUUUUUUGACUUUUUAUUUUUAUGGAACAUUGGAAAACUACGAGGUCAAAAAGAAUAUUAAAAAAAUAUUUACCUGUUUAGGGGAAAUUAUUUUCUGUCUUAUUGAACACUCAUAUGGUUAAAAAUAAGGAUGAAUAUUCAAAGAUGUGAGCAGUCUAUCUUCGGAAAACAAACUUUCAGCCUAAGCUUGAUUUGAGCCCAGUUGUUUUCAUAAAAGUUGAGAAGAACCAAACGCGUUCAAGCAUGAGAUCAAGAUACACGAAGAUAUUGUUAUAGAACAAUAAAUCCCGAAAACUUCCCAACCGCGAAAUUCCACACGCAGAGAUCAAUUAUUCAGCGAAUUGAAUACACCUGAUGACUGACUGGAUCUCAAAAGAAAUAUGUCAAAAGUCGUGUCGGCAACACGGCACCUGCCGCCUCCGGAUGCGACAGUUGCGUCAAUUAAAGAAUUGAUCGAGGAUGGGUCUAUCCAUGAGAAACAAUGGUCUCAACGUGCCCACUGGCUGCAAAAAUAUAAACAAACGAUGAAAAAGUGUUGAAAGUUCCUAAUCGCCGUCGUCGCCUUGAAAUUGCAGGACACUCGGCGUUUUGGAGUCGGAGGAAAAGUUUCGCGACUACGAAGCAAAAGAGCAGGACGCUGAAUGA